CCAAAACAAUGUAUGAUUUGUAUCCUCCGAUCCUUUUGAACAUGAGAGGCACUGAGCCGAAACCUUCAUGUGCCAAUUGGCAAGCAAACCAUGACAGGGGAGAAUGGCAUGCAAUGUAGGAGUACCAUGAUUUUCCUGCUGGGUCCUCUCGCUCCGCUGGUCACCGAUUGCAAAAAAGACGAAAAAGCACGCACACACAACCUGCUGCCACCUACGCGCAACGUCUGGGCGAAUCGCCGCGACUGCCUCGCCCGCUCAGUCGCAUACAAGCUACUCCAAUCACAAAUCCACAGCGCGGUAGCACGCACCCCUCGGCUGGCCCGGCGACGGCGUGGCAUCCCGGUGGCACCACUCAUUGCAGCACGCGGCGAACUCCACGGUCCAAGGGAAGGGGCCGUCCGGUCAAAAGAUCCCCUACAAACAAAAAACAUUCCUCCAUCCUGUCUCUGCGCCGCGGCAGGAUAUUCCAGGAGAUAGCGAUCGAUAUCCAUGGCGGGCGACGACGGCAGGCAUGGCUCCAACCUGAGAUCUGGCCGGCCUGUCUCAAAAGCCGGAAAAGCUCGGUCGCCGGAACCGAGAGAGCAGGCCAGGAGGCAGCUAUGCUAUGAUUCCAGGGCCGGGACAGCGAUGCGCCAUGGCCAUUGGCCGAGAGUCCCAACCCAGCCCAACCAGGAGGCAGCCGGCGACAGCGAUGGGUCCUCUUCGAUCGGGAAACCCAACUCACUACUAAAAGCGGCAGAAACCGUAGGGCCCCGGGAGUAUCACAUGGUCGCUUUCCAUCCCAAAUUAACCAGGAACGGAAACCCAAACCCAAAGCCGCCGGCCGGGGAAGAAGCAAAGGGAAUGACCUACCUCAUGACCACCACCUCCGGCCGGCUCCCCUGCUCGCUGAUACGACGAGCUUGGCUCACAUCACAUGUCGCCGUCGAUCGACCAAACCCAUAUGCGGUGGAAUCAUUGGAACCAUACCAUACUCGCUCCAAGAAUCAUCCUUGCUAAAGCAACCAUAGUAGUAUCAAUCAAUCUGAUAGUGCAUGCUAAGUGGAGCAGUAGGGCCCUGCAUGCAUGGCUAGAUAGAUAAUCUACUCUACCCAGUUUGGAACCUCCCUGUCCUCCUCGGGCGCGCAGCUGAAUUCUGCUAUUUAUACGUAGGCUGAUCACGACUAGACCUGCUGUGUCUGUGUGUUGCUGAUUUCUCUGCUGCUUUUUUCGAGCCAAGCAACAAAGGGAAACCAGAGCCUCGCCACAUCUCUAUCUGCUGCACAUCAACGUCAGGGGAUCGAUCAAAGCUAAAACUACGCCAGAUAGAGACACAAGAACAGAUUUCCCAUAUAUAUAUAUGUACACCAGAUAGAGUAGAAGACCAUACUAUUAUCGGCAGCUAGGACCAUAGUAUCACACACUCACUCUCUCUUCUUCCAAUCGCCGGCCACUUGUCACUCUCCUCUGCUCACUGCUCCGAACAGAGGAGCUCCAACUCCAUCACCUCCUCUUCAGCACCAGGCGGAGGAGACGUCGUGGUACUUGUGCGAAGCAAGCUAGCUAGCUAGGCACGAGAGAAUUCAGGCUGUGGUGAACUGAUCACUGAUCACUGAUCAGUCACCUGAUCUAGCUUGCAGCCCGCAGAAGCAAGAAGAAGUCCAGCCAGAGCGCGCCAUGGGCGGCAUUGCUGCUGGUCGAUGCCGGAUCAGUGGCCUGGCCUUGCUCGUCUGCGCCGUGCUCUUGUCGGCGACGAUGGCGAACGGCAUCAGGACUGGGGCAGUUGGUGGCACGGGUGCUCCUGGUCCGGCUGCUGCCGCGCCACAGGCUGCCACCCUAGCUGCGGCUCCUCCCGUCGCUGCCGCUGCAACGACGCCACCUUCGGAGGGAGCUGCAUUGGAGGAUCCAUACAAGAACAGCAAGAGGAAGGUGCCGAACGGGCCCGAUCCGAUUCACAAUAGGAGAGCCAGAUGGGGAGACGCACCGGCAAGGAGAGUGUAAGGCAGGACAGGAGCAAUCACGAAAACCGUCGAUCAAUGCUGAGAGGCUCAACGAGCGAGCAGAGCACACAAACAUUGAGGUGGAAUGGAAGGUUCCAUGGCUAAGAGCCAUGCAUGCAUGUGGUGGUGCUCAUGAUGGUGGAGGGCAGUUAUAUAGUUAUAAGUAUUCAUUCAUGUAUUAGUAGUAGAUACAGAGGGGUAGAGGAAGAUGCAUGGUGCACACUCCAUGGCACCGUGGUUGCUUUGGCCAAAGUGCUUUGUUCUCCUCUCUUGAUGAGGUUUUGUUCUUUUUCUUUUUCUUCUUUGGAGGAGGGGUUAAUGGUGUUAAAAGGAGCACUCCAACUCCAAGCUGAGCCUGCUAUCACUACUCACUUCACUCACACAGAGAGUAAAGCUCAAAGAUUCCUGGCA